AUGUCAAAUAAAAAAAGAACCAUUUUAAAAGUUAUCAUUCUUGGGGAUAGUGGUGUUGGAAAGACAUCAUUAAUGAAUCAAUAUGUAAAUAAAAAAUUUACAAAUCAAUACAAGGCGACAAUUGGAGCCGAUUUUUUAACGAAAGAAACCAUAGUUGACAAUGAAAACCUAACAAUGCAAAUAUGGGACACGGCAGGCCAAGAGCGCUUUCAAAGCCUGGGGGUAGCUUUUUACAGAGGAGCCGAUUGCUGUGUGUUAGUUUUUGACUUAACGAAUUACAAAACGUAUGAGUCCUUGGAAUCGUGGAAGGACGAAUUUUUGAUUCAGGCCAGCCCAAAGGAUCCAGACAAUUUCCCCUUUGUCAUAAUUGGAAAUAAAGUUGACGAGACGAAUAAGAGAAAGGUUCAAUCGCUUAAAGUCAUGCAGUGGUGCAAAUCGAACAACAACAUUCCCUAUUUUGAGACGAGCGCAAAGAACGCAAUUAAUGUGGAUCAGGCAUUUGACGAAAUUGCGAGAAAGGCCAUGAAGCAAGAACACCAAGAAGAGCAAAUAUAUCUGCCUGAGACAUUUGCCCUGAACAAUCAGGGUGAUCAAAAAAUAUACAAAAGUCGCUGUUGCUAA